CAUGCAAAGAAAAUUUAAGUAGUUAAGUCGAAUAUAUGUGCAGAUUUACGUUUAUGCCUUUAAAUUGGAGAAAGCUGUUGAUACUUGAACAAGAGAAAGUUCACUUUGGAAAACCGACAACAUACUUUAGCCUGUGAAAUGACGUUAGAAAACAUCACUUUAAGUAACGUUUGGAUAUUUAUGAUCAUGCCAGUCUUCAUUUUUGGAUUAGCCAGAAACUAUUUAGCAAAACUAGUAAAAAAAUUGGCAAAAGCUCUCUUUGCUUUUACAAUGUACUUUUUUACAAUAUUUUAUAACUACCAGAUGAGUACUAAAAAGAAAGAGCUUUUUGCAUCUAUGAAAAAUCAUCUAAAAAACGUCGAAGGAAACGUCUUAGAAAUUGGUGUAGGCACAGGAGCAAACUUUCAAUUUUAUCCUCGUGGUACGUUUAUAACUGCCUUGGAUCCAAACCCUCACAUGAAUUAUUAUCUACGCCACUCCAAGAGUUACUAUCCACACAUUGUUCUGAAGGAUUAUAUCGUUGGAUCAGCUGAAGACAUGAGAUGCAUUCCUGAUAAAUCUAUGUCAGCAGUUGUCUCGACAUUAGUGCUGUGCUCAGUAGAAUCGGUAGAGAAAGUUUUGAAAGAGAUUAUUCGUGUCCUAAAACCAGGAGGUCGCUUUUACUUUCUUGAACACGUCAAAGGAAAUGGCUAUACUUUGAUUUUACAAAAAUUUAACCAACCCUGGUGGUUUUAUCUUUCUGAUGGGUGUUCUUUAAUGCGGGAAAUCGAAGUAUCCAUAAGAAGAGCCGGAUUUAAACACGUCCACUGUCAGUGUUUUGAAGCAAAACGUGUAGGAGCUCUUAUAAAGCCGCAUAUCAUGGGUUGCGCUGAUUUGUAAACAACAAUCAUGCACGUAUUUUGCUAGGUCUUCAAAAUAGAAUUCUCUGAUAUAAUUUAGAAUGGAUAGAAGUAGUAUUGGGUAGUCAUUUCACCUGUAAUUAAUGUUUUACUUAGUUUGAGGAUAAAUUGAAUAAUUGGCUUCAUUUUAAUUUGAAAAUAAAAUAUCAAGCAAGCUUUCUGCAAGGUUA